GUCUAUCUCAUCUGAUACCUACACAUGCAUAACUCCCACAUAUAUAAACUCCUUUCUUCCUCUCCUCUCCACCUCCUCUCCUCCUUGCCUCCUCUCCUCCCCCCUCAGGUUGUAUCUGCGAGGGUACAGUGGUACAGCGGGGGGGCAGAGCAGUUUGACCCCCCAUGGGACCGGGUUCAGCACCAGAGACCAGGACCACGAUAACUGUGACCACUGCAAGUGUGCCCUGAUGCUGACCGGAGGCUGGUGGUUUGACGCCUGUGGUUUCUCCAACCUGAACGGGAUUUAUUACACCGUCGGCCACAACAUCAGGAAGCUCAACGGCAUCAAGUGGCAUCACUUCAGAGGGCCGAGCUACUCCCUGCAGUCCACCUCCAUGAUGGUACGCCCCUACGACUUCUAACAUCACCCCUCCACCUCCACGAUGGCACGCCCCACGACUUCUAACAUCACCCCUCCACCUCCAUGAUGGUACGCCCCUACGACUUCUAACAUCCCCCCUCCACCUCCUUGAUGGUACGCACCUACGACUUCUGACAUCCCCCCUCCACCUCCAUGAUGGUACGCCCCUACGAAUUCUGACAUCACCCCUCCACCUCCAUGAUGGUACGCCCCUACGACUUCUAACAUCCCACCUCCCCUCCACCUCCAUGAUGGUACGCCCCUACGACUUCUAACAUCCCACCUCCACCUCCAUGAUGGUACGCCCCUACGACUUCUAACAUCACCCCUCCACCUCCACGAUGGCACGCCCCACGACUUCUAACAUCACCCCUCCACCUCCAUGAUGGUACGCCCCUACGACUUCUAACAUCACCCCUCCACCUCCACGAUGGCACGCCCCACGACUUCUAACAUCACCCCUCCACCUCCAUGAUGGUACGCCCCACGACUUCUAACAUCACCCCUCCACCUCCAUGAUGGUACGCCCCUACGACUUCUAACAUCCCCCCUCCACCUCCACGAUGGCACGCCCCACGACUUCUAACAUCACCCCUCCACCUCCACGAUGGCACGCCCCACGACUUCUAACAUCACCCCUCCACCUCCAUGAUGGCACGCCCCACGACUUCUAACAUCACCCCUCCACCUCCAUGAUGGUACGCCCCUACGACUUCUAACAUCCCACCUCCACCUCCAUGAUGGUACGCCCCUACGACUUCUAACAUCCCCCCUCCACCUCCUUGAUGGUAUGCCCCUACGACUUCUGACAUCACCCCUCCACCUCAGAUUGACAGUCAUGAUGUUAAAACCCCUCCGCCUCAGAUUUAUGUUUCCCAAAGUCUUGCUGGAUAUAUUAUCUUCUGUCUCCUCGAUGAGAUAUUGUUUUAGUAACUGAUCCUGGAUCCAAGGGGUCGGGCUGAAAAACAAGUUGGAAGGUUUUUUCAUCCAAAGUAUUCUGCGAAUCGCCUUUCCUUAUAUAUAGAUUUGAUUUGAACAGAAAUAAGGGAAUGAAACUGCUAUACAAGAAACAUUAAAAGCAUUUGGACAUUUCUUCUCAGCCGCUGCUUCCCAUCAGUUUCGGCUCACAUGAAUGGAUAAUGCUUUAAGCACGUAUACAAUUAUAGGACCUAAUAUUUAAAUAAUAGUGAUAAAAAAAAACCUACAGCUGAUUUACAGACGUCUCUUUCCCAAUGUAAGUCAAUGUUGGACUGACACUGAAGUUGUAGUACUAGUGUACGGCCACUAGGGACAUUAGGGAUCGGCUUUACCACACUCAGAGGUCAUCAUAGAGAGGUGAGAGAUAUAAGUAAAAAAAGACCGAAAGCAGCUAUUGAAGAUUGUCAACUGCGUUACAAACCAGACGCAUCUCCAUCCUCGAAGUGAGCAUGAAGGAAAGCUGCAUUGAAGUGUUGUCUGAAAGCCCUUAACCAUGUGACCAGAGUGUUUCUGUCUGACUGCGCACAAUAUGCACACAGAAGAAGAAAAAGACCUGUACUGUUUCAAAGUAUGCUCAUAUGAACUUGACUUUAGCCGGAAUAGGAGACUUCUGAUGUGCGAGGAAAGAGCUUGGAUGAGAGAAGUCAACUCACUCUAAAGCGCUUUGAAACUUUCAUUUUGACUUUAUUGUUAUGAAGCAAACAGGAGGACUGCUGUAUAUUAAACAUAUACAAGUCAAUAUUUCACACAAGUUGAAACUCUGAGGAUUAUCAGCAACGCUUUCUUCUUCAAACUCAAAGACAAUUGUGGUUCAUGGACGUUUGAGAAGACACCUGGAGAAAGGAUAUGUUAAUGAUGUAACAGACUUGUACAUAAUAAAAGGAAACUAAUGAGUGAUUGAAGGAAUGUGAGACGUGCAGCUUGACAUUAUGGUUUGAAUUAAUAUUAAGGAAAUGAACCAUAAGAGCAAGCGGAGUGACUCUUUCUGAUGGAUCAGUAAUCACAUUUUGACUCAAGGUCCGACAUAUCAACACUUCAAUCACUUCUAUUUUGUAUAUCUGAAGAAAAGUUAGAAAUGGACACGCUAAAAAGUCCAGUUUGAAAGUGAGUUAUUUGGUGCUUCAUGUUGGAAACACAGUCUGGAUUAUGAGCAAAGACAUUGAACGUCUGCACAACUUUUCACUAUAAUCCAUUUGAAAGUUGUUGACAUAUUUCACUCGAUUACGCUCCACAGAGAAGGCUGGAUGAGCCGCGAACUAUAACGGGUGUAUCCUCUGAGGAGCAUGAAUGUUUGACACAACAGUCGUUGAGAUAUUUAAGUCUGGAACAAAGUGGUGGGCCGCGCAUCUAGCAUGAAUAAAAACGACAUGUCCCAGCUUUCUGUGCUCGUUUAUCUUUCGCACGCUGUGAGUUAAAUACCGUUUUGUUUAGACAACAGUCAUAGGGGUUUGUGAAACUUAAAAAGUGCAUGAUGGUUAAAAUGAAACGUGUGUGUGUGUGUGGUCUAGCAUUACCAUCCUUGUGGGGACCUAAAUCUGUUUACACAGUCACGUGUGGGGACUCGCCUCCCUUAUGGGGACAAAAUGGAGGUCCCCAUAAGGGAAAUCAUUAAUUUUAGGGUGAAGACUUGGUUAGGGUUAGGGUUAGGGUUAGGCAUGUGUUGGUUAUGGUUAAGGUUA